AUGUCGGUCGUCUCCGCCCGUACUAUCAGUACGAGCCCGUUUCGAGAUGCGAAGAACACCUCCGCGGUCAAGAACGGGACCACCCUUGAGUGGUCCCGUUUUAACGACCCGUCUGGUCGACUAGCGAAGCGAUCUGUUCACGCAGUUGAGCGAUGUCUCGACGAGCUGCAGCCAGACCGUCACGAAGAGAACGAUCAGAACGUUUGUUUUCAAGUUGCGCGAACGCAAACGCGGCAUGAUCGUCCGAACGAUCGUGCGCUAAGGAAUUGUAAUUAUCCUUUACAAGAUCCUCAAGCCCAUAACUCCGAGAUCGUUCUUGAGCCAGGUCAUCUUGCAACUGUUCCGUUAGACGGUUCAUCUCUUGAACAUCAAGUUGAUCCGACCCUCGAGCCGGAUCAGGUGUUCCCACCGCCACCACAUCCUUUGGUGGACUCAAGCGGUGGUCAACGCCUUCUAGUGGAGCGUAUUUUGAACCACCGCGACGUGAAUGACGUCCAGACGAGCUACCUCUUCCGCUGGCGUGGCUAUCCACCGGCGUGGGACAGCUGGGAGCCUCGUGCCCAGCUUAUUGUUGAUGUCCUGGAUCUCGUCGAGCAGUAUGACGAGACCCACCCGCUGCGUUCGAAGAAGGGCCGUCGAAAAACGACCUUCCCGAACGUGAGUACAGGGAUUGCAAAGUGUCAAUCCCUUCGGCCAUCUCAGAAGAGAUGCGCGCCCUCCGGUAGGGAUCAAUAG